AUGGCUAGGAUUAGAUUGAUUUUAAUAGCUUGCCUGUUGGUGCUAGAAUUGCUAAUGAAUUCAGUGACUGAGCCUUCCAUACAGAAUAAUGAAUGUCCACAGCUUUGUGUAUGUGAAAUCAGGCCAUGGUUUACACCACAGUCGACCUACAGAGAAGCUACAACAGUUGACUGCAAUGACCUUCGUUUAACAAAAAUCCCCAGCAAUCUUUCCAGUGACACUCAAGUUCUUCUCUUACAAAGCAACAACAUUGCAAAGACCACAGAUGAACUCCAACAGCUUUUCAAUUUAACAGAGUUAGAUUUUUCACAGAAUAAUUUUACUAGUAUCAAAGAUGUGGGGCUCUCAAAUCUGACUCAGCUCACUACUUUACAUCUGGAGGAAAACCAGAUAACAGAGAUGACUGACUACUGCUUGCAGGACCUUUGCAAUCUUCAGGAACUAUAUAUAAACCAUAACCAGAUUAGUAGCAUCUCUGCAAAUGCAUUUUCUGGCCUGAGGAACCUUUUAAGACUUCAUCUUAACUCUAACAAAUUAAAGGUUAUUGACAGUCGUUGGUUUGAUGCUACUCCUAACCUGGAGAUCCUUAUGAUUGGAGAAAAUCCAGUGAUUGGAAUACUAGAUAUGAACUUCAAGCCACUCUCAAAUUUAAGAAGUCUGGUUUUGGCUGGUAUGUACCUCACUGAUAUUCCUGGAAAUGCAUUAGUAGGCUUGGAUAGUCUUGAAAGUCUUUCCUUUUAUGAUAACAAACUAGUCAAGGUUCCUCAGCUUGCUCUUGAGAAAGUUCCAAAUUUAAAAUUCCUUGACCUCAACAAAAACCCAAUUCACAAAAUCCAAGAAGGUGACUUUAAAAAUAUGCUGCGGUUGAAAGAACUUGGGAUCAAUAAUAUGGGAGAACUAGUUUCUGUUGAUAGGUAUGCACUAGACAACCUACCUGAACUUACAAAGCUUGAAGCUACUAACAAUCCAAAGUUGUCUUAUAUACAUCGUUUAGCAUUUCGUAAUGUUCCUGCUCUGGAAAGCCUGAUGCUGAACAACAAUGCUUUGAACGCAGUCUACCAAAAGACAGUGGAAUCCCUUCCAAAUCUGCGUGAGAUCAGUAUUCACAGUAAUCCACUCAGGUGUGACUGUGUCAUUCACUGGAUCAACUCAAACAAAACCAAUAUCCGUUUUAUGGAACCUCUAUCAAUGUUUUGUGCUAUGCCACCUGAAUACAGAGGACAACAGGUGAAAGAAGUGUUAAUACAGGAUUCAAGUGAACAAUGUCUUCCAAUGAUUUCUCAUGACACUUUUCCAAAUCAUUUGAAUUUGGACAUUGGCAUGACAGUGUUUCUAGAUUGUCGAGCCAUGGCAGAACCCGAACCAGAAAUUUAUUGGGUAACUCCACUUGGAAAUAAAAUAACAGUUGAAAGUCUCUCAGACAAGUACAAGCUGAGUAGUGAAGGUACCCUGGAAAUCUCGAAUAUUCAGAUUGAAGACUCUGGAAGAUAUACAUGUGUUGCUCAAAAUAUAGAGGGGGCUGAUACAAGAGUAGCUACUAUAAGAGUGAAUGGAACGCUUUUGGAUGGUACACAAGUGCUGAAAAUAUAUGUCAAGCAAGCUGAAUCUCAUUCGAUAUUAGUUUCUUGGAAGGUUAACUCCAAUGUCAUGACCUCCAAUUUAAAAUGGUCCUCAGCCACUAUGAAGAUUGAUAACCCUCACAUUACAUACACCGCGAGGGUCCCAGUUGAUGUACAUGAAUAUAACCUCACUCAUUUGCAGCCAUCCACAGAUUACGAGGUCUGUCUAACUGUAUCAAAUAUCCAUCAGCAAACUCAAAAGUCUUGUGUUAACGUUACAACAAAAAAUGCAGCUUUUGCCCUUGACAUUUCCGACCAAGAAACCAGUACCGCCCUUGCAGCUGUAAUGGGUUCAAUGUUUGCUGUGAUCAGCCUUGCCUCCAUCUCUGUUUAUAUUGCUAAAAGGUUUAAGAGAAAAAACUACCACCAUUCAUUGAAAAAGUAUAUGCAAAAGACCUCUUCAAUCCCACUGAAUGAGCUCUAUCCGCCACUUAUUAAUCUCUGGGAAGGUGACAGUGAAAAAGACAAGGAUGGUUCUGCAGAGACCAAGCCAACCCAAGUUGACACAUCCAGAAGCUAUUACAUGUGGUAA